CAAGCAAGACACAGGUGAAAUAAUACUGCCUGCAACCCAAAGACACAGAAUUGGAACCCAGGGCUGGACCAGCCAGCUAGUCUAGAAGAAGGAAGCAGCUGGCCCUUUCUUCUUUGUGUGCUGUGUCUUCAGAGGCAGCAUGUCAGAGGGGGUGGGCACAUUCCGCAUGGUGACCGAAGAGGAGCAGGAACUUCGGGCUCAGCUGGAAAAGCUCACGACCAAGGACCACGGGCCUGUGUUUGGCCUGUGCAGCCAGCUGCCACGUCAUACCUUGCAGAAGGCCAAGGAUGAGCUGAACGAGAGGGAGGAGACUCGGGAGGAGGUGGUGCGGGAGCUGCAGGAGUUGGUGCAGACCCAGGCGGCCUCUGGGGAAGAGCUGGCCUUGGCGGUGGCGGAGAGGGUGCAGGGGAGAGACAACGGCUUCUUCCUGCGCUUCAUCCGAGCACGCAAGUUUGACGUGGGCCGUGCCUAUGAGCUGCUCAAAGGCUACGUGCACUUCCGGCUGCAGUACCCGGAGCUCUUUGACAGCGUGUCCCUGGAGGCCGUACGGUGCACCAUCGAGGCUGGCUACCCUGGUGUGCUCUCCAGCCGGGACAAGUAUGGCCGAGUGGUCAUGCUCUUCAAAAUCGAGAACUGGCAGUCUGACGAGAUCACCUUCGAUGAGAUCCUGCAGGCGUACUGCUUCAUCCUGGAGAAGCUCCUGGAGAAUGAGGAAACGCAGAUUAAUGGCUUCUGCAUCAUUGAGAACUUUAAGGGCUUUACCAUGCAGCAAGCUGCCGGCCUGCGGGCUGCAGAUCUCCGGAAGAUGGUGGACAUGCUGCAGGAUUCCUUCCCAGCCCGGUUCAAAGCCGUCCACUUCAUCCACCAGCCAUGGUACUUCACUACCACCUACAACAUGGUCAAGCCCUUCCUGAAGAGCAAGCUGCUUCAGAGAGUGUUUGUCCACGGAGAUGACCUCUCUGGCUUCUUCCAGGAGAUCGACAAGAAUAUCUUGCCUGCUGACUUUGGGGGAAGCUUGCCCCCAUAUGAUGGCAAAGUGGCCGCCAAGCAGCUCUUUGGGUCCCAGGCCCAAGCUGAGAACACAGCCUUGUGA